AUGUCAAGGAAAAGGAAGAAGACGUCUAGCUCCACCAAGAAGCAAUCGAGAAGAAGACACGCUCUGUUCAAGGCGAAAAAGAAGCUGCUAGUAACAAGGAAGACGAUGGAACAGCUUCAGGCUCAAAAUGAUUCUCUGCCCUCAACAAUCAUCCAAGAGCGGUUGGCGGGCUUGCCACCAAAACAACGAGCUGCUGUCACUUGCUGUUUCGAUGCAGCUUCAAGGAAAUCACAUCAAGGGAUGAAGUACGACAAGUCUUGGAUCCUAGAAUGUAUCCUCAUGCGAAUGAGAAGCCCAAAACUCUAUGAACACAUCCGAAAGCAGAACAUUCUCGCGUUGCCUUCCAAAUCUUGCCUGCAGACCUAUAUACGUGGCUUAAAAAAUGGAUUUGGUUUCAAUCCAAACGUGUUUUCUGCUUUGUCACAGAAGACAAAAGAAAUGGAUGAAUUUAGUGUUCACGGAGGUAUUGUGUUUGACGAAAUGAAGUUGUCGGAGCAUGUGAGCGUCAAGUCAUCGGGAGCACUGGAAGGUUUCGUUGACCUCGGCUCAUUUACUCCUGGGGACCAGAAAACAACGACGUGCGACCAUGGCCUGGUCGUGAUGUUCCAGCCCUUUCAUGGCGACUGGACUGAAGUCCUUGGAACAUUCGCUUCUCGGAGCAAUGUGAAGGCAGGCACCCUCUCAAAGAUCCUUCUAGAGGCUACUCUCCUCGCCGAGCAGGCUGGCCUUUUCGUCGACUUCGUUACCUGCGACGGAGCUUCCUGCAAUCGAAGUAUGUGGAAAUCCUUUGACAUAAAACGUAUGUAUGCUUUAAUCUGA